GUGAAUUUGAAACCUGAAGGGCUGGGUGUACUGUGGAUUAGUGCUAAGUAUCAUAAGCGUUGAUACUUAGUGGAGGGGGUGCUGUACAAAUCUUAUACUCGUGUUGCAGGAACUACUUGGGUUGUCAUAUUUGUAUUUAAUUCUGAAAAAGCAAAACAAAAGCAAAAGCGAAACAGGCAGAACGGCUAUAGUGAAACAUAUCAGGGGUAAUAAGAUGUCUAAAGCAUUAAGUUAUUAGAAUACGUAUCAGAAGGCGCUCAGACAAAAAGCUUUUUUUUUUUUUUUUUUUUUUUUUUUUUUUUUUUUUUCGUAAGGAAAUUGAACGGAGAGCAGCUGCCAGAUGUCUUCAGCGCAGAGUUGGUAGUUAGCGUUAAGUUUAUCGAAACGUUUUAAGUCACCUGGAUUAAAACACAAAUCGGUGAUGGAGACAUAAUGGAACACAGGCGGGACAUUUUGACAACAGCAGGGUCCUCUGGCAGUCUGUGAUUCUGGAACUUGGCGCUAGCUCUUGAGUCUGCAUCCUCAAGUUGCACCAACCCGCUGUCUCCUACUGAGUGCCUUUGGUGAAUCUACUUACUGACUUCCAGUGCCACAGCCAUGCUACUGAAAGAAUACCGGAUCUGUAUGCCUCUCACAGUGGAGGAGUACAGGAUCGGCCAGCUAUAUACCAUCAGCAAACACAGCCACGAGGAGAGCGACAAGGGGGAAGGCGUGGAGGUGGUGCGAAACGAGCCACACAUAGACCCCGUCCAUGGAGAGGGGCAGUUCACAGAGAAGAGGGUACACCUGUCGAGCAAGCUUCCCAGCUGGGCACGAGCUGUGGUUCCCCGGAUAUUUUAUAUCACAGAGAAGGCCUGGAACUACUAUCCUUACACAAUCACAGAAUAUACGUGCUCCUUUUUACCGAAAUUCUCAAUUCAUAUAGAAACUAAAUAUGAAGACAAUUGUGGAGAUAAUGAAAAUAUUUUUAAUACAGAUAAAAAUAACUCUGAACAUGAGGUGUGUUUUCUGGACAUUGCAUAUGAUGAUAUCCCAGACAGACACUACAAAAGCUCAGAGGACCUCCGGUGCUUUGCGUCACUAAAAACAGGACGGGGACCCCUGAAAGAGGGUUGGAGAGAGAAAGACAAGCCAGUUAUGUGUUCCUACAAACUGGUCAGCGUCAAGUUUGAGGUGUGGGGGCUUCAGACCAGGGUGGAGCAGUUUGUGCACAAGGUCAUCCAGGAUAUCCUGUUAAUAGGACACCGGCAGGCCUUUGCGUGGGUGGACGAGUGGUACAAUAUGACCAUGGAUGAAGUCCGGAAGUAUGAGAGGGACACACAGGAGGCCACCAACGAGAAGAUUGGGCCGAUGGCUCCCACAGUCUGCGUCAGUGAGAUGUCCAAGCCAUCCACUUCCCUCAGCGCCCCUUCCAGCGCUCCCUCCACCCCCGUCAAUGGAGACCCUCCCGACUUCCUCAACGUUCCCAAAGACCGGCAGCGCAAGAAAUCUGCUCCCGAAAUGCUUACCCUCCCAGAGCUGAGGGAACGCUCACACCCCAAAUAGAGUUCCAACUGGAUGCACCACCAAAACUCUCUUUUUUUUUGUUUUGUACUGCAGCUAAAAAACUAUAAUAAAAAAACUAUAAUAAACACACACACACACACACACACACACACCCUAUUGAAUAUUGAACCUUAAGAGUUUUUAUUUUGUAUUCAGUUGGAGUCUUUAAGAUAGAUGAUGACAGUUGGUUAUAGCUGACUUUAAGGUAAAACAGUACUGGGCACCGGGGCUCAAUUAGUUGAUGGUAUCACUGUUUACUUGAGCUUUCUUAUUGCAGGUUCAAAUUCUGAUAAGCUGAAUAGUGUUUUAAUGUUAAUAGUUUCCAGAUUAUGUCAUUUGCUCUUUAGCCUUGGUGUUUACUGCUUUAUCCUUUAAAAAAAACUGUAUUUGUUAUUUAAUAAUAAUCAAAAGUCCUGCAUCAUAAUGUAGUUUGCUUUUAACCUACUGUACAUGCAGAUUAGGAAUAAAAAACAUUUAGCAAAUGGUCUUGUAAUACAUGGUUAGCAUAGAGGCUCAGUAAUGUUAGUUUACUGUGAUGCAGGACUUUUGAAUAGCCCCACAUAAUGUAUAAUGUGGAGAAGCAGUUAUUUGAUAAAAAAAUGUAACUGAAUAAGUUGCAAGUGCAUCCUCUCUUAUGCAACAAAUAUGAACACCACUGUGCAAAAUGCCUUUUAAGGCACCCGAUACAGUGUUGUGUGUGCAUUUUCCACUAACAUUUGACUGCUCCCCCCCCCAAAGACGGUUCAAUAGACAAGGAAUAGUAAAUGUCACUUUAAAUAACCUCUAAUCUCUCAUUCUUUUAAAAUGCAUGCUUCGUUGGCUCAGCAUUGCAGCAGACUGAAGCUCUAUAAUUCAGUGAUUUAUCUUCACCCAUUCUUUAUGUCUGUCUACCAUCCCAAUGUUUGUAGGAAAUAAAGCUCUUGCUAAAUCACUUCAGAAAUCUCACUUAUACUGAAGGUUGUCCAAAUGAUAAUGUAAUUUUUAAUUUUUUUUUUCUUGUCCGGGCUAAACCUAAUAGCAAAUUUUGGACAGCAUCCAUUAGAUUAAUGUAUAUGUAUAUAUCAUUACUGUGCUCUUUCAUUAUAAUCCUAGUUAUAAAGCCAUAGAUAAGAGCUGUUUGUGUUCUGCUCUAAUGAGAAUGCUAUUAAAAUAAGGUUAUGUGAGCAAUGAAGGCACAACCAGAAUAUAAUAAGUUCCAUACUAUUAAGUGACUUUAUAACACAGAAGAAGUGCACAUGUUUAAUACUGAAUGAUGCACAGACUACUGCCUACUGUAUAUAUUUAAUGCUUGCACUGAAGACAUUUACAAAGCCGCCUGAUGUAAUAAUUUCAUAAAUAUGCCUCCCUUUUUUCUUUAUGAAACUGACGUAUUGUUAUUUCACUUUGCGGUACAACAAUUAACCCCACUGGUGCCUAUUUGGUUGCUGGUUUCCAAGACAACGCAAUCAGUAGUUACGCCUCGGUCUUUUAUUUGCAAGGAAGAAUUACAUAGAAGAGGGGCUAGCUUGUGGCACUGCUAAUAGAAAUCAGAUGGGUCGUAGCAGUUAACUGCAGAAUGCACUUUUUUUUAAUUAAAGAUGUUUUCCAUGCUG